GAUUUAUUAGAUAAUCGAAAACAGAGAAUCUUGAGAACUAUUCGAAAUUCAGAAGAACUUCGGGAAGGGGCGGUCGAACAGCUGGAAAAAGCCCGAGCACGCUUAAGGAAAGUCGAAACGGAAGCAGAUCGAUUUCGAGUGAAUGGUUAUUCUGAAAUAGAACGAGAAAAAUCGAAUUUAAUAAAUUCCAUUUAUACUACUUUGGGACAUUUAGAAAAUUAUAAAAACGAAACCAUUCGUUUUCAACAACAAAGGGCGAUUAAUCAAGUACGACAGCAGGUUUUACAACAAGCCUUACGAGGAGCUCUAGGAACUCUGAAUAGUUGCUUGAAUAGCGAUUUACAUUUACGUACUAUCAGUGCUAAUAUUGGCAUGUUUGGGUCGAUGAAACAAAAAAAAAUAACGGAUUAGUCCUUCUACUAUACUAGAAGUAUAGAGUAUAGGCAUUGUUUUUUUCUUCUAAAAAAGAAUCAAAUUAAGAAAUAUUCAUGGUAACCAUUCGUGCAGAUGAAAUUAGUAAAAUUAUCCGUGAACGUAUUGAGCAAUAUAAUACCGAAGUCAAAAUUGUAAAUACUGGGACCGUACUUCAAGUAGGCGAUGGCAUUGCUCGUAUUUAUGGUCUGGAUGAAGUAAUGGCGGGUGAAUUAGUGGAGUUUGAAGAGGGUACUAUAGGCAUUGCUUUGAAUUUGGAAUCAAAAAAUGUUGGCGUUGUAUUAAUGGGUGAUGGUUUGAUGAUACAAGAGGGAAGUUCGGUAAAAGCAACAGGAAGAAUUGCUCAGAUACCAGUAAGUGAGGCUUAUUUGGGUCGUGUUAUAAAUGCCCUGGCUAAACCUAUUGACGGUCGAGGAGAAAUUUCAGCUUCGGAAUCUAGAUUAAUCGAAUCGCCCGCGCCUGGUAUUAUUUCGAGACGUUCCGUAUAUGAGCCUCUUCAAACAGGACUUCUUGCUAUUGAUUCGAUGAUACCUAUAGGUCGUGGCCAGCGAGAAUUAAUUAUUGGGGACAGACAAACAGGUAAAACAGCAGUAGCCACCGAUACGAUUCUCAAUCAACAGGGACAAAAUGUAAUAUGUGUUUAUGUAGCGGUUGGCCAAAAGGCAUCUUCUGUGGCUCAAGUGGUGACUACUUUACAAGAAAGGGGAGCAAUGGAAUACACUAUUGUGGUAGCCGAAACUGCGGAUUCUCCAGCCACAUUACAAUAUCUCGCCCCUUAUACAGGAGCAGCUUUGGCUGAAUAUUUUAUGUACCGUGAACGCCACACUUUAAUCAUUUAUGAUGAUCUCUCCAAACAAGCACAGGCUUAUCGCCAAAUGUCUCUUCUAUUACGAAGACCGCCGGGUCGCGAAGCUUAUCCGGGAGAUGUUUUUUAUUUGCAUUCGCGUCUUUUGGAAAGAGCCGCUAAAUUAAGUUCUCAGUUAGGUGAAGGAAGUAUGACUGCUUUACCAAUAGUUGAGACCCAAUCGGGGGAUGUUUCAGCUUAUAUUCCCACUAAUGUAAUUUCUAUUACAGAUGGCCAAAUAUUCUUAUCCGCAGAUCUCUUUAAUGCUGGAAUAAGACCUGCUAUUAAUGUGGGUAUUUCCGUUUCCAGGGUUGGAUCGGCGGCUCAGAUUAAAGCAAUGAAACAAGUAGCUGGUAAAUUAAAAUUAGAAUUGGCACAAUUCGCAGAAUUAGAAGCUUUUGCGCAGUUCGCUUCUGAUCUCGAUAAAGCUACUCAAAAUCAAUUGGCAAGAGGUCAACGAUUGCGCGAGUUGCUAAAACAAUCCCAAGCAGCUCCUCUCGCUGUGGAAGAACAGAUAAUAACUAUUUAUACCGGAACGAAUGGUUAUCUUGAUUCAUUAGAAAUUGGACAGGUAAGAAAAUUUCUCGUUGAGUUACGUGCUUACUUAAAAACGAAUAAACCUCAAUUUAAAGAAAUCAUAUCUUCUACCAAGACAUUCACUGGGGAAGCAGAAGUCCUUUUGAAGGAAGCUAUUCAGGAACAGAUGGAACUCUUUUUACUCCAGGAACAAGUAUAAAGAAGUUGAUUAAUAAUUCAAUAAUUGUGAAUUUUAAUAAUUCUUAUCUUUGAAGAUCUUUUCUUUUAACUUUAAUAUUCUUAUCAUAAAUUAUAUUCAAUUUCUAUUCAAUUCGAAUAUAAAUUGAAUUCUAAGAUAAUAUAAAACAAAAAAAAAGAAGAAAUUCGGGAUUUUUGAAAAGAUUGUAUACAAAAAAAUAUAGAGACAAGAUCUAGAUUGUGUAUAUAAAAAAUACAUAAGAUAAAUUUAUAUCCGAAAAGUCUAAGCAGCUCUUGUUCACUUCAAAUCAUUCAAUUCAAGAUAUCUUUUGAAAUAGAAAAAUUCAAUUAAAAAGAAAAAAAUAUAAUAUACAUAUACAAAUAAUUUGCGUCCAAUAGGAUUUGAACCUAUACCAAAGGUUUAGAAGACCUCUGUCCUAUCCAUUAGACAAUGGACGCUUUUUUUUUCUUUGACUUUUCUUUUCACUAAUUUAGUGAAAAGAAAAGUCAAAGAAAAAAAAAAUUAUAUAGAAAACUAUUCUAUAUUAGAUAGUUAUAUAGAAUAACUAAUCAAAAUAAAAUUCAAUUGAAUAUAAAUAACUAAAACGACGUUACGAAAUUCAAAGGAAUAAUGAACCAAUUUACUAAUAAAAAAGAUUCAUUCAAGAAUAGAAAAAGAUAUAUUCGAAUAGAAUAAAUAGAGAGAUAGGAUCUAAGCGGGUAGCGGGAAUCGAACCCGCAUCGUUAGCUUGGAAGGCUAGGGGUUAUAGUCGACGUUCACUCAUCAUUUUGAACGUCUCUAAUUCAAAACCGAACUUGAAACUUUUGUUUCAUUCGGCUCCUUUACGGAAGAAAUUAAGAUAAGAGAUGGAAGACAUGAACAAAAAAUUGACUCAUAACAUCUAUGUUAGCCUUUCUGCAUAAAUACAGUUAAAACACCUUGCUUUUUAGAUGAUCCCCAUAGAAAAAAGAGGACUAUUAUAACAAUCCGUUUUUUUUUUUCUAGUUACUUCGUUCUCUAUUUCUAUUUGAGAGAAUCUUUAGAAAAAUAAAAAAAUUUCCGUCGAGCUAAAAUAUGUCGAUGUUUCUAGUAAACUAAAAGAAUCGCUUUAUAGCUAUUUUGCUUCAAUCUCUACUAAAAAAAAAUGGAAGAUUUAGUUACGAUUAGAAAAGAAAUCAACUUUCUAUAUAUUUCCCCAUGGAUACUUUACUCAUACUCCAAAAAUUGGGAUUCUUGAUCAAAUUCCAAAAAACUUAUGUUUCACAAUUUUUUAAUUCCAUUUGCCAAUUUAGAAUUGAUUCUUCUUGGAUACAAAUUAUGAUAAUGUAUAUUAUUCCUCGAAUCGUUCGUUGAGAGGUAUAAAGGAUCAAACUCCGUUAAGUAAGAAAUAAAGUUUUUCGUCGGGAUAUGAAUCCCCUGAGAGAUCCCUUAACUAUUUAAGGAUCCGUAGAACGAAUCGCACUUUUACCACUAAACUAUACCCGCUACAAUACAAUUAUUGUAUAUAAUGGGAGCUUUUGUCGAACUGGGGAAUAAGUCGUAAUUAAGAAAUGGAGCCUUUUUUUUUUGAUUUUGUUUUUUCUGAAAAUGUUUUGUUUUGACAGAUACAUCUCGAAAAAAUUACUAAAUUCAUAACAUAAAAUGCAUUAUGCAAGAAUUCAUAGUUACAUUCUUUUUUUAUACGUUACCAAAAAAAGGAAUAAUAAAAAAUGAAAUUUGAUUUUGAUUGAUAUUCUAUCAUUUUGGUUCUAUAUUAUAGGAAUCCAAAAGUUUUUUUUUCAAAUUCAAAUAAAUCGUUGUUGUCUGGGAUUCAUGGGAAUAAAAAGAGCAGCCCGGCCAGUACCUAGCCGGGCUCUGGCUGUAAAAAAAAAAAAAUAAGAAAAAAAAGUAAGAUAUAAAGAAUCGUUUUUUUUUUAGUGGGGAAAGAUGGCUGAGUGGACUAAAGCGUCGGAUUGCUAAUCCGUUGUAUGAAUUUUUGUACCGAGGGUUCGAAUCCC